UUUCAGUAUCAAACUCGAAAUGUUGCCUUCUUCCCAACUGGUGAUGCAUUUGUCGUUUCGUCUAUAGAAGGUCGUGUUGCUAUUGAGUAUGUGAAUCCUUCUCCUGAAGAACAGAAAAAGAAAUAUGCUUUCAAAUGUCAUAGGAGUAAGGAGGACGGUGUAGAAUGUAUAUACCCUGUAAAUGCUCUCGCUUUCCAUCCUGUGAACGGAACAUUCGCUACUGGAGGUUCCGAUGCUGUGGUCAACCUGUGGGAUCCCUUCAACAGAAAACGAUUGGUUCAGCUUCACAGGUUCCAAACGUCUAUCGUGUCGCUUUCGUUCAACUAUGAUGGAUCCCAGCUCGCCAUUGCUUCAUCUUUCGCGUUCGAGUAUGAGCCAGUCCCUAACCCAAUGCCAGAAAAUACUGUCACUGUACGAUACAUUAGUGAUGCGGAGAGCAAGCCAAAAUAA